AAAAUAUGUACAUCACAACAUAAGGUCAUCAUACGAACUCUACACGGCCACACGCAAGCCUGGGUCCCAAGGUUAAAGGUAUUCCCACUCAAUUGGCGAUCCAGCAGUUAAUCCAGCACAAUGUCAAAACUCAUCCUAGUAGCAGGCGCUACAGGCAAACAAGGCCGAGCUCUCAUCGAGGCUCUUCGACCCACCUCGGACUCGGAUGAAAUACCCUUUCGAGUACUGGCUCUCACUAGGUCAGCUUCCGGUCCGAGCGCACAGCGCUUGGCCCAGGAAAGACAUGUACAAGUAGUCGAGGGAAACCUCGACUCGUCAGAGUCCAUGCGGAAAGUCUACGAAGAUGCAAAAGGUUUAGGUGGAAUCUGGGGUGUCUUCUGCGUUCUGGCAUUCCCUGGGCUUGGUGCGAACGCAGACGGGGAGGAGCGACAGGGAAAGUUUAUGGCGGAUCUAGCGCUCGAAUAUGGGGUGUCAGCAUAUGUUUACUCGACCGCCGAACGCGGUGGCGAACAGAGCGAUGACAUGGAGAAGCUGUCGGGUCGUGCCAAAGUACUUGCAGAACGGCAUGUCCAGGCCCUCGGUGAGAGGGGUCUCCCAUGGACGAUAUUGCGCCCAGGAUUCUUCCUAGAUAAUUACAACGACUUCAUUGGUUCUAUUACUGUAGCUGUAAUGACUCAUGGACUUAAAGAGGACACCAAACUCGGGGUGAUUGACCCGAAAGAUAUUGGUCAUGUGGCUGCUGCCGUAUUCAAGAAUCUUGAGAAAUACAAACACCAGAUACUCGUGGUUAUCGGGGAUGUGCUCACCAUGUCUGAGCAACAUGCAUCCUACAAACGCGCAACAGGUCGAACGCUUCCUUCCAUUCCUGGAUUUUUAGCUACCAUCCUUUUAGCAUUGAAUAAUUCAACGCAAGAAUUGGUUCAACAUUUUGAAAAUAUCCACACGGCACGAACAACUGGGCAACAUGAGCAUUUCGAAUCACAACUGAAUUUAGGCCGUGAAGCCUAUCCUCAAAUGAAGACCGUCUACGACUGGGCUGUCGAGCAACAAAAGAGCCGAGGACAGCGAGAAAAUGCAGCAGAUUGGAACAAGGUAUCGUUGUGGCGGCUCAUGCUAGGAAAAUCGUAAAACAUCGUUGCAAAUAUGUCAAGCACUCAUAUACCUUCGAGCUUCAGGAUAGUACGAUACCUCCUCUACUGCGUCCUGCUCGCUUACGAUCGCUUCUAUAUCUUCCCAUGAACUCUUGUACAUUAAUGUAGUGUUUGGAGCAAUUGGAAACUGGACAGCCAACCAGAGUAAAUAUUAAAAGUUAUUUGGCGAACCUAAA